AGCGGUGUCUGAAACCAGAACAGACUCCUCCAUCCUAUGUUUAUGUGGGGACACCGUCCGUAGCUGAGAGAUGUCGCUGGCUCAGAGAGUUCUUCUGACCUGGUUAUUCAUCCUUGUCUUCCUCAUCAUGCUAGUGCUGAAGCUAGAUGGCAAAGUCCACUGGAACUGGUUCCUUAUUUUUCUACCUGCAUGGAUCUUCGACGGUAUCCUUAUCCUUAUGCUCGCGGUGAAGAUGGUGGGCCGGUGUAAACCAGGAUACGACCCGCGAAAUGGUUCGCCGGGCCUAAAAAAGAAGGUGUGGUAUCUGGCAGCCAUGCUGCUGAAACUGGGCUUCUGCUUGACGCUUUGCGCCCGGCUGGAAAAGCUGACGGAGGUCAAGAUCACCCUGGUUUGCAUCCCUCUCUGGAGCAUGCUGCUGGGAGCCAUGAUAGAACUGGGUAGCAACAUAUUCCCUGACAGUAGAGACUGAGCCCAGAACGAUGGUGAGGCCAGGGGCUGGGCUACGGCCAGGGCCGAGGCCAGAGCUGGGGCAAGGGCCGGUACUAGGAGGAGAGGUUGAGGCCGGAUCUGUGGGUGAGACUUAAAGGAGGGCUUAAGGUUGGAUGCUGAUUUGCUUGGAAAAUCUGCUUAAUCCAGACUGUCGUAAAAACACAGUCAAAAGCCCAAGCCAAGUCCCUGACGAAAGGAGAGAACUCUUUGCUCUUUGCCAUACAUCUCUCUUCUGUCUGCAUGUGCUAGUAACGCACAGCUGCAGAAUGACACAGCUAUGUGGCACCAGAGAGAAGGAGUCGUAUCCAUUCUUCUUAGAUAUCUUCAAGAAGGUGUGUUUGGACCAUUUUGUCAAGAGUACAUUUGUUAUUUAUAUUGUCACGUGUGUGUCAAAUGAUUGUUAUUGUUUUAUGCGUUGUUAAGGAAUAAAGUCA